CGCUCGCGCAGCCCUAGUGAUUCAAACCCUGAUUUCCAGCAAACGAGCAAGCAACAGACGGGAUGCCAAAAAAGCGAGUGAGGAGCAGCGGAGGGGUCGUUCGCGCUGAAUGAGCCUCUUGGAGAGACAGCGAGAGGAAGGCAGACGCGACAAAACAAGACGAGAAGCUGCGCGCUUUCGCCGCGGCAACUUGCGCACAGUGCCAGAGUUUUUAGCGGCAGUAUUGUUCCGACUUCACUCCAGAGGGGCCACUCGGAGGAGAGAGGACGCACACAAAAGGGGAAAAAGGAAAGGACUAACGAGCACGCUUUGUCGUUUUAAAGCGACGGUCCUGCGGUCUUAGAUCCUAGAUUUCUCUGUCUCUCCCCUCUCUUGUUUCUUUCCAUUUUUUCUCUUUUUUUUUUUUUUUUUUUUUACAAUUUUUUUUUUUCGUCCCGUCGGUUUUGAGCCCCUUUGUCGCCCCGAGAGAGAGAGAGAGAGAGAGAGAGAGAGAGAGGACGCGCCGGGGGUUUGAGGAGCCGAAGCGGGGCUGUCCACAUGGUCCAACCACUGGCGUGAAAGUUGACUUCUUCAGAAAACCAGAGAACAGGUGCCAGUGAUGAUGGUGGAAUCGGCCUCUGAGACCAUUCGAACGACACCGUCCAACCAGAACGGAGUCAGCAGCCAAUCAGAUGGAGGGGGCGGUAGAGAGGGCGGUUCUAACGGAGACACCAAUGGAGAGAUCAGCCCAGUCGACUUACUGCACCUGCAGCAACAACAGAUGAGAGUCUGCACUUUGAGCGCCGCGGAUUCUCCCGUCCCCUACGCUCCCUCCCGUUUCACGUCUCCUCCUCUCCCGCUCGCCGCGUGUGAGUCGCCUCCGGCGUCGCGGCAGGGCGCUGGUGUUCGGAGGGAGAGACACAAAAAGGCGCUCCAGGCAGCCAGACAGUUCCUCCUCCAGCAGGCCUCUGGACUCAACUCCCCUGGCAGCAAUGAGGUCAAACAGAGCCCCGUGCAGGUGCCUGUGUCCAUGGCAAUGAUGAGUCCACAGAUGAUCACUCCUCAGCAGAUGCAACAGAUCCUGUCUCCCCCUCAGCUUCAGGCCCUGCUGCAGCAACAGCAGGCUCUAAUGCUACAGCAGUUACAAGAGUAUUACAAGAAGCAGCAGGAGCAGUUGCAUCUCCAGCUUCUGAGUCAGCAGCAGCAGCAACAGCAACAGCAGCAGCAACAGCAACAGCAACAGCAACAGCAACAACAGCAACAACAGCAGCAACAGCAGCAGCAGCAGCAGCAGCAGGCUGGGAAGCAAGCGGCAAAAGAGCAGUUGGGCAGUAAGCAGUUGGCCUUCCAGCAGCAGCUCAUCCAGAUGCAGCAGCUUCAGCAGCAGCACAUCCUCAACCUCCAGAGACAAGGCCUGGUCCCACUGCAGCCCACCGCCGCCAUGCAGUCUCUGCAGCAAGCGAUGUGUCCGUCAGACCUCCAACAGCUGUGGAAGGAGGUGUCGGGGGUGCAGAGCAGUGAAGACGCCCUGAAACAGGCCGAGGGCCUGGACUUGAGCACCAACAGCUCCAAUUCUACCUCAGCCUUUGCCAAAGCGGCCAGCGCUCACAUCCCACUGCACAGCCUGGUCAACGGACAGAGCCACACCCCAAAGAGAGACAGAGCCAGGCUGUUUGAGUGGAUAUCCAGCUUCACCAAGUCAGACAGCGGAGAUGACCAUGUCCCCUAUUACCCCAAAGGCGGGCAACCCCCCAGCAGCCAUCAUGAGGAGCAUGCCAGCUCCCAUCCUCUCUACGGCCAUGGAGAGUGCAAGUGGCCUGGUUGUGAAGCACUGUGCGAGGACAUGGGGCAGUUCAUCAAGCACUUGAACAACGAGCACGCCCUCGACGACCGCAGCACCGCUCAGUGCCGAGUCCAGAUGCAAGUGGUUCAGCAACUGGAGAUUCAGCUGGCGAAAGAGAGCGAGCGACUCCAGGCCAUGAUGACCCACCUGCACAUGCGCCCCUCAGAGCCAAAGGCUUUUAACCAACCUCUAAACCUGGCUUCCAGCGGCUCUCUGUUGAAGCGGGACAGCGACAUGUACCCAGAGGGUCUUCCUCACCCCCCCACCUCAGCUGCCACCCCCAUCACCCCACUGCGCCAGGGUCCCUCAGUCAUCAGCUCCUCCAGCCUGCACUCCCACUCCCACUCCCACACGCACGGCGUCGGGCCCAUACGUCGGCGCAACUCCGACAAGUACUGCACCCCCAUUGCCUCAGAGCUGGCUCAGAACUGUGAGUUCUAUAAGAACGCUGAUGUCAGGCCUCCCUUCACCUACGCCUCUCUUAUACGUCAUGCCAUUCUGGAGUCCCCAGACAGACAGUUGACUCUCAAUGAGAUCUACAACUGGUUUACCCGCAAGUUUGCCUAUUUCAGGAGAAACACAGCCACAUGGAAGAAUGCUGUGCGCCACAACCUGAGUCUGCACAAGUGUUUUGUUCGCGUUGAAAACGUUAAGGGAGCCGUGUGGACCGUGGAUGAAGUUGAAUACCAAAAGAGGAGACCACCAAAGAUGACCGGAAGUCCCACUCUGGUGAAAAACAUGAUUUCAGGCUUGGGCUUUGGAUCCCUAAACGCAAGCUACCAGGCGGCUCUGGCGGAGAGCAGUCUGUCCUUGCUGAACAGCCCCUCCCUGAUGACCCCGUCUGCGGCCAGCCUCAACAUGCUGCAUGUGGGCCACGAUGAUGUCAGCUCUACUGUGGAGCAGGUCAACAGUAACGGGAGCUGCAGCCCCACGCUGAGCCCUCACCAGUACAGCCACCAGGUGCAUGUGAAGGAGGAGCCCACCGAGCUGGAGGACGACAGUCGGUCAGUGUCCCUCCUGGCCGGCGUCACACACAACCUGCCGUUGCCGAGUGACGAACGCGACCUGGAGGAGGAUCUCCCCACCGAGGAGCUGGAGUAGGACCGAUCCCGGGUUGACCAGAGGGACGAGACACAGCGACAUCAAUCCCGGAGCCCUCUCGUCAGCGUGAAGAGGAACAGAUAGCUUCAGUACAAUUCAAAGAAAAGAGAGAAAAAAAAGAGAAUGUUUUUUUGUUUUGUUUUUAAGAAAAUGCAAAGGAACCAAGGAGAACAUUGAGAAACUCCAAACAGGGUUAGAUGAACCUCCGUUACUUUCAGACGCAAAAAAACAGACUGUGGAGCACUACUUUACCUCCAUGUGUUUCUUUUUCAACACUCAGAGGUGUAACACCACUCAAUGCAUACACACACGCACACAAACACACAAACAAACACACAAACACGUACACUCAUUAACUUGUCGAACCAUGUCUCAUCAUCCUCCCCGGUCUAAUCAGCCUGUGCGUAGAGACACUUAGAGGUUAGGACGCACACUCUCCUCGCUGCCCGACCGCUCUGCAUACGCCCUCCUCGCUGUGGUCUCCAGCAGCCUGGCUCGCCGUUUUAUCAGUUGAGAAGAGACACACAAGUGUGUGUAUGUGUGUGUGUGUUUGAAAGAGAGAGAAAGACACACGCGCACACAGAGGAUCCUGUGUAUAUAGGUUUGGGAGCAGUCACCAGGGGCUGUGCAGAUGUGCGCCUCUCCUUCUUCCCCCUCUUUGAGUCAAUCACUUGCUUUUUCAUUUUCUUUGGUUUAAAUUGAAAUGAAACUGUCCGGCUUCAAGAGGGGAAGGAAGGAAGGAAGGAAGAAAGGAAGGAAGGAAGGAAGGAAGCAAGGAAGCAAGCAAGCAAGCAAGAGUGCUUUCAUAGCCCAGCAGUGCUCCAACACUUGUGCAGAGCUGGCUCCUGUCUCCGGGCCGUGUGUGAGCCUCAUGGCUCUGGUCCCUGUCCAAACCUCUGCCCCCCCCCAGCAAGACACUUAGUGCUGAACAUCUUUUAAACUCUUUGCUCCUAACUGAGAGAAAAGACGUUUUCCUACCGCGCCUCCAUCCCUUCCCAUCCCCCCCCCCCCACCCCUAAAAGACUGCAGGACUAGGACCGUUUGGUGCUGUCCUUUUCCUCUCCUCCGUCUGCGGGCCGAGUGAUGAGCUUGGAGACACUUUGAGAACGAGAAGAAAAGAGGGAAAGCAGAGAGAAAUGAGGGAGGAAGUGUCUACAGAAAUAUUGUGAGAAAAAAAAGAAAACUGUUCAUGAUUAUGGAAUAUAACAAAAAAAAAAGUGUGGUAGCUUUUGUCAUUUCCUUUUUUUUUUAUUUGAUGUUAUUAUCAUUGUUUAUUUUUGAGGAUCAAUAUUUCCACGGUGGCGUUCUCUUUAGACGUACCUCUUCAAGGAUGCUGUUUUUGUUUUUGUGUUGUAAAUUGUUUGAUUUACUCCGGCUGUUCACACCAUUCCAAAUGAGUAUUGGCAUACAAAAGAGAAAGCGCAGUAUUGUCCCAACUUGUGAUACCCGACCCUCCACUUCUGCCCCUUUCCCUUUCUGUCCCAAGUGUAGCAGGCGAGAAAUUGGAAAUAGCACUUAAAGUUGCCAUUAUCCACACAGAUUAUUUAACAGCUGAAUCUUGUUUUGAAAUAUCUCUCAUUCACUCGUUUUUGGUUGUGUAUUUAGUUGAGAAAUAUCAGUAAUGCUUUAAAUAUAUAUAUAUAUAUAUAUAUAUAUAUAUAUAUAUAUAUAUAUAUAUAUAUAUAUAUAUUAUUACUGCAGUCAGAGAAUACCUCAUCCCACAAAGGUUCUGCCUGGAACUGUGUCCAAAUUGAUUAACAAAUAAGGGGGAAUUCUUUCCGUGGGACACCAAAUGUGGCGACUCUGCUCAGCUUCGACUCGUUGCUCUAUGGUUGUGAUAGUUACUGUGUAGAAGCUAUCUGCAAUUCACUGUGUGAGUUUGUGUGAAAGGAACAGCCCAUGAGAUUGAUUCUUUGUUUUUUGUUUUCCCUGAGCAUAAAAAAGCAUUACUCUUCUGUCUACAGUGCCAUACCAAAUUUAACAUUUAUUUUGAUCUAUUAUCUGCUUAUUCCCCUUUUAUUUUUGUUACAGGUAACCAAAGAAAUGUAGAAAACCAAAAACCCUGUAGUUUUAUUUUGCCCUUAAAGAAUUGGCCAAAAGACAACAAACCAGGAGUUUGAAUUCUUGUUAUGUAUUCGUAUAACUAUUGUGUUCAAAUUAUACAUGACCUACAUUGAAACACCAUUCCCGACGAAAACCAAAGUGUGUUGAGCAAACAAAAACGUCAUCAAAGCUUUUACACGAUAACGAAUGGUAAUUUGGUAAGAGGCCAACCUCGCACAGUUCCUCUGAAAAACAAAAAGAAAGGGAUAAGAAAAAAAAGCACUUAGAGGUGAAACCCUGUCUCCCACGCUCAGGCUGAACUGUGUUUCAAACACAACCCUCCGACCGGCCCUACUGCUGUAUGAGCAGGCCUAAAAAUGAGGCACUUGUGAGGGACUUAAACACUUUUUUUCGCUUUACAGGAUACGUUUUACUGGUGAUGUCGUAACAAGCAUUCGGAUUUUUUUCCAUUGGAGGGAACAAACGCGCCCUCUUGGUCUGCAUGUAGUCUUUGCAGGAAGAGGAAGCGUGAUGUGGUUUCAAAAGGUCACAUCUCGGGAACAUGGAGGAGUUAUUCCAAAACAUAUAUAUAUAUUACAAUAAAGAGGGAACAACUCAAAAUAAUAGAGAAAAUAUACCAAUGUUAAGUGGAAAACAACCAAGGGACGUCACGUAAUUGAAAGUGUGGUUCAUAUUUUCAUACUCGCUCUUGCACGAUUUUCUUAUUUAAUGACAGAAUCUUUGUGGCGACUUUGUGUUCAAACGGGACUGUUUCCUGUCACACUGGAGACUGAUUUCUAACAAAGUACAAAGUGGCAGACAGACAUCUUGAAACGAGAUAUAAAACCAAAAAUAACACUACCUCCUUUUCAAAACAGUUCAACGCAUAGCCAACGGGAGACUGAGCUCUCUUAAAUAUUUUCUUUUCCACCAUUCUUCCUCGAUGAUAAUAAGGAAUGCCAAAUCUGUUCUUACACUGACUGUAUUACUGACAAAACAAAACAAGUUAUUCGGUGAUCCGGACUCCUGCUCGAGCCCAAAAGCAUAGAGAUGUUUCGCUUUCCAUGGAAUUCAAAAUGACUACCUCUCCUUUAAACCACAUCUAAAGCACUCUCUCUACGUCUCAAAGUGUGUUGUGAAGCGCUCGCCAUGUGAAAAGGUUUUCUAUCGGGCCGUGUAAAAAAAAAAAACUGACCUGCACCCAAGUAGCACUGAGCAGCCUCUCAGCCGUGUGCAUGUUCCUCAUCCAUGCCCACGGGACACUGGUCGUUAGCGGUUACGUGGCGUUGCAGGAAGCUGGUUGUAGUGGUUAACCAUGGACAGACCUAUGUCAGUGCCGCAUCACUCACACGCACACACACACACACACACACGGGGGGGUUUACCAGAAGCAUAGAAGCAGGGCUAUGGGUUAGUGCAGCGGAGGCUCUGACCAUCCAGAUAUCCAAAGACCAACAACAACACAGCAGCCCCCGCGUGGCCCGAAAAAAAAACACUCGCAGAGACGCCGAGAGGACUGACUCGAGCAAAAUGAAACUCAUCACGACUAGUAAUAUCCAAACUAAGAGGAACUGCAGCAUACAGUACAACAACGGUCUCUGACUUGUGCUUUAAGGUACACCUGUAAACAAAGCUGUUUUAUAAAGAUGUAGAUGGUUCACAGGUCACCAUGUAACACUUCUGUUCUUUCUCCAGCUUGGCAUAACACGAUGUAUUCUUGUAUAAUAAUGCUUGACUUAUCUCUCCAGGGGCAUUCUUUCCCAUUUUGUCUUUUUAAUUUUGCUUUUCUUUUUUUUCUGCACCUGUUUAGCUAUUGUAAAGCUUUCAGCUCUGAUUCCUAUACUGUACUGCUAAUGCUGAAGAAUAUGUAUUUAUCAUAAGUGCUGCAGGUAUCUCGGUUUAUAAGUUUUGCUUUGUUUUUGUUUUUUUCCAUUUUUCAGUUCUUCAUAAAACGUCUGGGACGCUGAUUUUUUUAAGUGUAUUAUCUCUAAAAAAAAUGUAAAAGAAUAAAAGUUAGAUCAGUGGUUUAGGUAACACCUGUUUGUAUAUUUAUCUUAGCUAGGUCUAUUUUGAUACUUUUUUGUCUCUGUACUGCAUUUAUGCAUUUUUAAGGAAAGAAAAAAAACAAAUGGAAAACAAAACAAAAAAGUUACUUCAAUAUGUAUUGAUACCUCAGAAGGACUUUUUCUCAAAGACAGGACCAAAACCUCUGAAAAGAAAAAGAGAAAAAAAAUGUAAGAAUAUGUAGCCCCUCUCUUGCUUUAAAAAAAUCAGCGGAGCUCUAGAAAGAUAUUGUUAUUGGUCCUCUCAGGUGCCAAUAUGUGUCCCAGCUCCCUGUGACCCCUCCCUCUGACCCCUGACCCCUGUCAUUCCCGUGCUGAACUCCGACCCACGGAGCUGUCAAUCAUCUGCAGGCGCCAUGGGGGUGUCACUGAGUCACAAACCUGGCUGGUGGUGACCAGUCACAAACCUCAUUUCCCAGUCCCAAAGAGGCAGAUCAAAGCCUGACACUGUUGCGUUUUUGAUAUUCCUCUUGCAUAGUCCCGAUACCAAAACGGGGAACGGCUCUCAGAGAUGCAGCUCAUCCUCUGACUACCAAAGGCAUUGAAAGCAGCCAUUUGCUUCGUCCAAACUCCUGAACUGUAACCAAACUGCAACCAAACCAAUGCCACAACUUUAACCAAACAAAACCAAGCUACUUCCAAAAGUCUCCAUCGACUUCACUCACCUUUACUGAUAGUUGUAAUCUCUCUUACAUCCAUGUAAUGGUGUUGUAGGACCAGCCCACAUUCCUAUUGGCUGGUGACUGACUCAAAAGGACACAGGGAACCCAAAUCCUGACUUGUGAUUGGACAGUUCUGAGGUGCCACGUGAGGGGAAAGGGACUCUCAAAGUGGAUGCAUUGCCUGACGGUAUUAUCAAGUAGACAGAAUCCGAUGGAACUACCACUUCAGCUCUCCUCUGGUUAAACCUAAGGAACGUGUGUACAUUUUCAGCAGUGACUCUCUGUAUCUGUUUCUUAGUUUCAGUUUACCUGUUUACCUCUCUUUAUCCUUUUUUUUUUUGUUUGUUCUGUUUCUUGUUAUUUUUAAAGUGUGACCCGAGGAAGAGGCGGGAACAGGGACUGGUUGGUGGCUUUAGACAGAAAUUGAAGCCCAGCCCUCUGACCCUCCACCCCGGGUAGCCACGUAAUGCCAGUCACUGCCCUUUCCUUCAUGCUGUAUAAAAACACACACAUAUAUCUGUGUAUUUGUAACCUGAAUCUUCUUGUGUCUGUCCAUGCAGACAAUAAAAAACUGUACAGUAGGUCUAGUUGCAUGUAAUCUGUACUAAUUAUUGACAAUGGCAUUAUAAAAUGCAAUAAAAUACUUAUUACACUGUC